AUGUACAAGUUUUUCAAAGGAAUAAAGGGCAACUUUCUACCAGUUGGCCAUACGCAUGAAGAUAUUGAUGCAUUAUUUGGCUGUUUUUCAAAGCAUCUUAAAUUUCUUGAUGUAUAUACAGUAAAUGAUAUAAGAAAAGCAUUUGAAGAAUGCUGUAACAAGCCAUACCCAGAAUCUGACUGUUUAUCAUGCAUUUAUGAUAUCAAGAAGUGGUUGGAUGGUCACAGUGAGGACUUACACAAUCAUGUCAAGCCACACUGCUUUAAAUUUGUGAGAAAUGAAAAAAACAAAGCCGUAAUGUAUUACAGAAAGUGGAGUGAUGAUGAAUGGAUGGGUCCUAUUUCUUUAUUAAAGUCAACUCCUAUGGACAUGCCAGUCCAAAUACCAGCAGAUUUUGCAAAGGCAGACUUACCUAAGCUUGCAGUUGACAUGCAAAAAUGGUUUUCUGUAAUGACCUCAACAGCACAAGGAUGGUGGGAAUCAUUUUUGCAGACAACAGGCAACAAUGAUGCUACAAUUGAUAAUACGUUUCCAAUAUUUUCACUGAAAAAUCAUGUUAGAAGACCAAAUGCUGAACCUGUUGAGACAGCUGAAAUACCAGCACAGCUAUCUGCUUUGAGAGAGAAGGAGCUAGAACAACUAGAAGAGAUAUAUACUGGCUCAUAUCAAGCUCCAGCUUCCCGGGGCAUAAAUAUGGAUGAUAAUUACUUGGCUGCUUUGAAACCUGAUGUGUUUGUGGCAGUAAAUAUAUCCAACUACAAAAAAAGGCCAGUCAUUGGGAAAGUAACGGAGGUUGGAAAUGAUGAAUUUUGUUUACAAUACUGGAAGGGAAAUUAUAGCACUGCUUGGGAACCCCACAUUGUGAAUAGUAAAGAUGGGCUAACACCAUAGGUGGAUACCAUUCCCAAAGCGGCUAUUAUAAUAUGUGCGUUCGAACUUGAUGACAAAAAUCAUUUGCUGGAAAACACCAGAAAAUUUAUUAAAAAAUGGUACAGAGAUCACAAAAAAAAGCCUAACCAUUAGAGGGAAAAGGAACUAUACUGUGCCCCAAUAUUUUUUAUAUGAGAACCUUAUGAAGUACCAAAAUGUAUUUGUGAGAAACAUUUGUAUAUUUAACCAUUCUUAAUACCAAAUUUACACUAAAACAAUUAGUCGCCACAGCUCAUAUCUACUUUGCCUUCUGCUCAGUGGAUAUGGGCUUGUAAACACCUUGCCUUCAGGCUUCAACAACUAAUAGACCUAUAUGGAUUUAAUACGAUGUCAAUUAUUUCUGUAUGAACACAAAGAGCAGCAUUCCCUGAGAGAAUUGCAAUAUGUGUUAUUAUAAUUCUUGCAGGAAAUUCUGGUAUUUGUGAAGCAUUUGAUGUCCUAAUGCAUAAGGAGUAUUG